CAGACGGAGGGUCCCGCCGCAGCUCGUCGCAGGAAACGAGCCGCCAGCGAGCCUUCAUGUCGCGGGUUGUUAUGCGAACUCUUGGGCUGUUGGGGGGGAUGCGGGAUUCCUGUCUGUGACCCAGACGCACGCGCUGACCAAAGAUGGGAAGCUUUUACCUGCUGCGCUGCCCGUCGGCUCCACUGAGAUGACCCCAGGAGAAGUGACAUGUGGACGACCGUGUGAGCCAGGGGAAUUCACCAUUUUGGCCAAAAUAUCCUUCCACUGAGCCAAAAAUAUUUUAGUUUUGGGUUACACACACACACACAGACACACAUCCAAUCAGCCGUCGCAAUGCAGAUGCCAGGACCACUGUGGGCGUGCAUGGCUCUGAUAUGUGUGGGAAGCUGCAGUGCCCACAGCCUGUUCACCUGCGAGCCCAUCAAAGUGCAUCGCUGCUUGGGGAUGCCCUACAACAGGACCUACUUUCCCAACAUGAUGGAGCACUACGACCAAGAUAUCGCAGCCGCUAAUAUGGAGCCCUUCAUGCCCCUGGCAAACCUGCGCUGCUCCCCAGACGUCCAUCAUUUCCUGUGCCAAGCCUUUGUCCCAGAAUGCACCGAGGGCAACACGGUGGUCCGUCCGUGCAGAGAGCAGUGCGAGGUCGUCAUGUCGGACUGCGAGGUCAACAUCCGAAUCUUUGGUGUCACCUGGCCUCCUGAGCUACAGUGUGACCGACUGGACCCGUGUCGUUCUCCCGGUGGUCCGACGCUCCCCGCCACCACCCCGACGAGCUCCUCGUCCCCGAAGCGGGACCUUGGCUUCUGGUGCCCGCUGCAGCUGAAGACCAAACCGGAUUCCGGUUCGUCUUUCCUGGGCGCCCAGGACUGUGCGCCGCCUUGCACCAACAUGUACUUCAAACCCCACGACAUCCAAUUUGCCAAGAACUUCAUCGGCGUGUGCUCCGUCAUCUGCUUGGGCGCCACGCUCUUCACCUUCCUCACUUUCCUCAUCGACGUCAAGCGCUUCCGCUACCCGGAGCGCCCCAUCAUCUUCUACGCCGUCUGCUACAGCGUCGUGUCGCUCGUCUACUUCAUGGGUUUCCUGCUGGGCAACAACGCGGCCUGCACCAAGGCGUCCCACCCCGCUGCCCUGGACACCGUGGUGCUGGGCUCUCAGAGCAAAGGCUGCACGCUGCUGUUCAUGCUGCUCUACUUCUUCUCCAUUGCCGGCAUCGUCUGGUGGGUCAUACUCACCAUCACCUGGUUCCUGGCAGCUGGACCCAAGUGGAGCUGUGAGGCCAUAGAAAAGAAAGCGGUGUGGUUCCACUCUGCCGCCUGGGGGAUCCCUGGGGCGCUCACCAUCAUGCUGCUGGCGCUGAACAAGGUGGAGGGGGACAACGUCAGCGGCGUUUGCUUCGUGGGGCUCUACGACCUGGACGCCCUGCGCUACUUCGUCCUGGCGCCGCUGUGCGUGGGCGUCAGCGUCGGCCUCUUCCUCAUCCUGGCAGGCAUCGUCUCCCUCAACCACGUGCGGCAGGUCAUCCAGCACGACGAGCGCAACCAGGAGAAGCUGAAGAAGUUCAUGAUCCGCAUCGGCGUGUUCAGCUGCCUCUACCUGGUGCCGCUGGUCACCCUGUUGGCGUGCUACACCUACGAGCAGAGCCACCGCAGCAGCUGGGAGAACACCUGGAUCAAGGACCGCUGUCAGGAGUACAGCAUCCCGUGCCCCUACAAGACACACGAGCCCGACCGCCCCGACCUCUCCCUGUUUCUGGUGAAAUACUUAAUGACACUGGUGGUCGGAAUAUCUGCCGUGUUCUGGGUCGGCAGUAAGAAAACCUGCACCGAGUGGGCCUACUUCUUCAACAGGACCCGCAAGAGAGAUCCCAUCACCGAGAGCCGCCGGGUGCUGCAGGAGUCCUGCGAGUUCUUCCUGAAGCACAACAGCCGCGUCCAGCACAAGAAGAAGCACUACAAGCCGAGCUCCCACAAGCUCAAGGUCAUCUCCAAGUCCAUGGGCACGAGCACCGGCGCCGUGCCCACCAGCGCGUCCACCGCCAGCCAGGGGGCCUCGGCGCCGGGCAACCGCGAGCCUCGCGCCCACGGCUCUCUGUCCGAGGCCUCGGCGAGGGAGCACCUGGACCGGGGCACCUCCAGCCGGAGCUCCAGGAGGGGGGAGAGGGAGAGGGAGGGGGGGGAGAGGCGGAGCAAAGGGGGGAGCUCCUGCAAGAUCAGCAGCCGCUCCGAGAGCAUGCACAGAGUCGCAGACGGGAGGAUGACUCCGAGGAGCGAGCUGUCGGAGGUCAGGCACGCCGCGCAGCCCCGCCCACCAGCUGGCUCACCGGGAGAACAAGGACGCCACCUGCUGAGUCAUCGGACCCCCGCCCCCCCUAAUGCGUCCAUGCAUCCUUGAAUCCACUGAGUCGCGCGUGUUGACAUGAUUGUAUCGGUUCGGUUGUCAUCGUCCAUGAAUGUUCAUAAUGUCAGGCGCCUCGGGGGUCUUACGCGUGGAAUGCUCGGACCAGAUUCUGGUCUCGGCUCAGAGGGUCUCGAGCGUCUGCGUCUUUCAGCUUUACUGAGCUUUAUGUACCGAAGUGUCGCAGCAGCUCAGCUGUGAUCUGCCUUAUGACCACUAGCAUUUGAUAGCAUUAAAACAGCGUUCGGUCGGUUUUGUAGAUUUGUAGCUCAGUGGCAUAGAACGCAUUGUAGAAAAUACCUGCAAUAUUUAUGUAAAUGUUAUAUUUAAAACAUUUUGGAUGAGAAACAAAGUCUUUCACUGGACUAGUCGCUACACUGAGGGUUGCGUUAAAGGUCAUGGUUCUGCCAAACAUUCAACCUCCAGAGAAGUCUUUAUGAACAGUUUUUAUGAAUGUCUUAUUUUUUUCCUUUCGAAGAAAAACCUGACGACUUAACUCUCCUUUGACAAAGGCGUACUCUUAAACUUGACUUUCAAAAGCCGUACGUCUAGUUUCUAUUCCACGACCACUAAUUGUGCAGGCGUGUUUUGAUUUUCUUCUUUUUUUAAAUGUGUCCUGUGAAUAUGGAGAAAGUAUAGCUUUAUAGUUUUCUACAAGAAUGUGCCUUUGAGUAGUUCCUCAUCUUCAAAGUAGCGACGGAUGUAAUGCACGUGUGAUGUAUACCUGUGUGUGUGUGUGUGUGUGCACAUAGACGUUCAUAUGGUUUAGAAUCCAAUUGGAAACAACUCAAACAGGCGUUGCACUAUUUGUGAAAGAAACCAACCACUAGUGAGUCCUGACUAGUUGUAAUCAAACAGAAAAAAGAGAGAACUUGUGCCUUUGCUCAAAGGUUAUUCACAGCGUGGUCCCGGGUCAUAUCAUUCUGCUUCAAGUUCUUCCAGAACACCUUCCGUGAUCCAUCCGUCGUGCUGGAAUGUUUUGCCGUGUACGGGAUUGAUUCUUCCCGACAAUUAACGCCAUUUAAAAGGGAGUCCCCGUCCGUCCUUUAGUGUUGUCCUUGUGUGUCCUUACUGUGGGGUCCAUAGUCUAUGAAAUGUGACUUUUUUACUGUUUUUUUUACAUCUUUUAUCUAUCUUGUCAGCUGCAUUUUGUAUCAAUCCAAUAAAAUAAAAUUUAAGAAAAAAAGAU